UUGUGAAGGAAGAGCGAAAUGAUUCAUAAACACAAGUUAAUAGCGUAGCGAAGGAAGAAAUUAGCUGAAGGAUUCUAAUGGCCGACCUCUUCCCGCCGGCGGCCGAACUCACUGCCAGCGGCCGUCCGGUGCUGCUCCCAAGUGAAAUCGAAUGUUCAAUCCUCUCCGCCGUAGACCUCGAGUGCGAUGAAAUUCCGUCCUUCCCUCUCCUGAAGUCUGGCAUUAUCAUCCUCACCACUCACCGUAUCGUCUGGAUUUCUGACUCGACCAAUUCCUCCAAUUCCGCUGUUGCGGUGCCUCUCGCCGCCGUCAACCAUAUCUUUUCGUCCAAGAAGAGCAUCAAGUCAAUGUUCUCCUCACCCAGGGUCCGUUUCCAGGUAUCGUUUCGCUCUGGCGGGGGUUUGAGAUCGGCUGUGGUCACGAUUGUAAUUAGGGGAAAGGGGGAUCACGAGGUCUUUGUGAGCAAGUUUUGGGAGAAUUGGCGAGCUAAGGCGUGGGAGAAUGAUGAUAAUAAUAAUACUAAAGGUUCCAGCAGCAGUUCUGCGUCCGGGCCGAGUUCUACGGGUUCUGGUGGAUUCUAUUCGAGUGAAGGAACAGUGAGGAUGGUUGGAGUGUCGGGAAUUUUGAGGAAGGAGCAAGAGAUGUGGGAGAAUACUGAUAAGAGCUUACAAGAAGCUUUCCAGGAUCUAAAUGCUUUAAUGAGUAAAGCUAAAGAAAUGGUAACGUUAGCAGAGAAGAUGAGACAAAAACUUUUAUCCAGUCACAGUGGUGCUACAAACGAUGAUGAAGUUGCUUCAAAAGAAGAAAUACAGGAUUGGUUGUUGAGCGUUGGUAUCAUUUCCCCUGUGACGAAAGAGUCUGCUGGCGCUCUUUAUCAUCAACAGUUGUCUCGACAGCUGGCAGAUUUUGUUCGAACUCCACUUGAUAUAGCCGGUGGAAUGAUCAGUGUUAUAGAUAUAUACUGUCUAUUCAAUCGUGCUCGAGGAACAGAAUUGAUCUCACCAGACGAUUUGCUGCUAGCAUGUUCUCUUUGGGAGAAGAUUGAUGUUCCAGUAAUGCUCCGGAAAUUUGACAGUGGAGUCAUGGUAAUCCAGAGUAAAUCCUACAGUGAUGAUGAGGUUCUUGCUAGAAUAAGAACUUUAGUAUCAAAACCUGAUGCUCUCCAAUUCGGUAUUAGCGCUAGUGAUGCUGCAAGGACUCUUGGGAUUGCCCCAGCUAUGGCCAAGGAGCAUCUUCUAACGGCAGAGAGCAAAGGCGUCCUAUGCAGAGAUGUCAGCCCUGAGGGGUUCCGGUUUUAUAUUAACUUAUUUCCUGAGAUCAACUCAGAAGAUUUAUAUUUGGUUAAAAAUUAUACAAUUUAUGCCACAUGGAUCAAGGCUGUCACCGCUAAUAGGCCGAGAUAAGGAACGCAAGAUGACAAGUUCUCACAUGAAAGAUUUCGAUGUACGUUGGAUUCAGUGAAGGAUUUCCUACACCUGCACGACUGUGUAACGCCUGCUGCUUCUGUCUAUUCAGAUAGCGAUUCCAUGGAAGGAUCGUGCAAUUUUUUCUUCCAUAACUGCUUGUGAAAGACGGCAGGGUGGUAUUCAGGGAAUUUGAGGCAUCGUUCCAUUUGAAUUGCUUUUUCCUUGGUAAUGUAAUGCUGAUUAAGAAAAGUAUCGACCACAUUUUUCAUUCAGAGAAGUUCUUGGUAAUCACCAUGAAAUUUUGUUCUAUAAAACAAAAAACCUGUAUUUUUACAGCCUGCCCAUGUACUGUACAAAACGUUUUGUCCUUGUUACUGAUAGGUUACUCUCAACAAAAUAGUAUAGUGUUGAAAUUAAGUGAACAUUAUCAGUACUAGAAGUUAUAUCUCGUACAGUUGUUUUUA